AUGACUUUUAAAGUACUGAAAGAUCAAGAUGACUGGCGACCGAAUAAGGUGAUGUUUCAGACCAGGGCUGGAGCUAAAGGCUCUGAAGCAUCUGAGCCCAUGUACUACGUACCACAAAAGCCUCGGAUAGUCCAACAACUCAAAUCGGAGUCCGUCAUCUCCGGACAGCCCGUGAUCUUCGUCUGCAUGGUGGAGGGUAACCCAUCGCCAAGAGUACAAUGGACUGUUUCCGGUCUUCCCGUUGCUUCAUCGCCCCAACUUGGAGAAGUUUUAACAAUCACAAGAGGUUCAGUUCUUCGAAUCUCGAACGCUCUGCCGCCACUUCAUGGAACUCUGGUUGUUUGUACAGCUGAGAAUGCCCUCGGACACGCUGAAGCUACUGCAAGGCUCUUCGUCUAUCAGAAUGAAGAAGCGGCUCCCCCGGGCUUCCCUCGAUUUCUCAAUGUUUUCUCCGUAAUUGUUGCCAAAAAGAACGACAAUGUGGAACUGGAAUGCCGAACACAAGGUGACCCUACUCCCCUUGUCAGAUGGUACAAAGACAGCGUACCCAUCGACCUAACCAAUGUUAGAUUUUUGGUCACGGCUGCUGGCAGUCUCAAAAUCUCAAAGUUAAUUGAGGAUGAUGAAGGUAAAUAUGAAUGCACAGCGACAAAUUCUCAUGGAACUCGCAUUUCUCCAGGGGAAAGCCUCAUGGUUCGAGCUGAACGUUUUCGACCACACUUCACCUCCGUUCCGGCGACCCAGCAAGUGGUUUCACCCGGCGGUCAAAUCACUCUCGCCUGCACUGCUGUUGGGGUGCCUGUGCCAACAGUAGCUUGGUUCGAGCGUGAUACACAACUUUUCCGCAAUAUGAUGGACAGACAACCACCUGGGACUGCUCGCUUGCUACUGACCAAUUUGAAUGAAACCAGAAAUAUUUCCUGUGUGGCAGCAUCCUCCAUGGGACAGGCAAUUCAUCACGUUUCAAUUGUCGUUAAAGAAUUGCCACCAACCCCAGGCGAGCCAAGAGUGCUGAAACAAACGCGCGCUGGGGAGAUAAUUCUCACAUUUUCCAAGCCACUGAUUCACUCCAUGAAUGCAAUUUCCGCUGCUCCAGAUGUUGCCGCCUUUAUUGUGCAAUGGAUUGAAAGUCGGCACUUUCUACCUGAUUACGUUGACUCCCUCUCUCCUGAAAUCUCCGCCGCGAUUCAAACAAUCGGUACUACUAGCGAUCUAUUUCCAAGUCAUUUGAGCUCCGCCAAUGCGUUGGCCGCAGAUGCUAGUAAUCAGGUAAGACGUAAGGCAUGA